CUGGCACGUCACUGGCUCGAUCGCUGUUGCAGAGAGCAUGAUAAGUGUGUUACGGAUACCAACACUCUACCCACCCGCUUGGUCAGACUUUCUCCUAGUUGCGAAAACUAUAUCAGUCUGUGCAUUACAGACGAAGAGGAGGAGAAGCCCACAGGGUAUACGGCAUUGAGCCAUUGUUGGGGCGGAGCCGAAGACACACUACAACUGACUACGAAAAGUCUGAGUCAACUUUUGGAAGGCGUCCCCUGUGCAGAGCUACCCAAGAACUUCCAAGAUGCCGUCACUAUAACCAAAUGGCUCGGCCUCAAAUACAUCUGGAUCGACUCCCUUUGUAUCAUCCAGGACUCCAAAGAGGAUUGGGCAAAGGAAGUGACAACGAUGGCCUCUGUAUACAAGAACGCUACAUGCACCAUCGUCACGGCCACAAGUCCAGAUUCUCACCACAGCUGCUUUGCAGAACGAGAUCUUCUCAGAAGCUUGCCAUGCAAAGUCCCGGUGCCUGGAGGGAUGCAAUGGCCCACUGCCGAUGCGUGUAAGCGAGAGCUUUACGCAAUGCGUCAUUCGCGUCUACAAACUCGGGGGUGGAUCUAUCAAGAGCUUGUAUUAUCGCCCAGAAAGCUUGUGUUUACAGAAAGUGGCAUUAUCUGGACUUGCAAAACCUGCACCUCAGUCGACACAAUUCCAGGAACCGAGGGUCCCCAAGAGGAAAGCGCCGUCUUGGAGAAAAUAGCAAAACUUACGCUAUCAGACAAGAUAUACCAGGCGGAUUUCAACCAACUCUGGUGGAGUGUGGCGUCGGCGUAUUCCAAACGGCAUUUAACCAAACCAGAAGACAAAUUGGUGGCUUUGUCGGCUAUCGCCCAUGAAGUGCAAAAAAUGACGGGAUUCAACUACGUAGCCGGUCUUUGGGCAGAGAUGUUGCCGCUGGGUCUUUUUUGGGAGGUCUAUAAACCAAAGGUCGAAGACCGCAACAGACCUUACCGAGCGCCGUCAUGGUCAUGGGCAUCGAUCGAA